CUAGACUCAUAAACUUCAAAGGAAGCUUGAUUGUCCUCCGUCUACUCUUACUACAAGCAAGAGCUCACGCCACCAUUGUCUAUAAAAGUGUACAACACCUGAUCACAAAUCACUUCACUGCAGAAUGAAUAUUAGCUCCAAGAGUGGCACAACCAACUACAGGCACACAAAGGAAAAGAGGAUGGGAAUGCUAGGUACUGGAUCGUAUCUGCUCUUCGUUAUCUUUCAGCUUCUUCACCACCAUUGCAUGGCUGUAGCUGGAGAUAUUCUGGUAGCCCCUGAGACUCAACGAGUUGCUAUCAACUCUGGAAUGGCUGAGUUCUACUGCAAAACGAUUGGCCACAACGCUAGGUGGCUUGUGGAUGGAAGAACCUACGACCCUGAGAAUAGAACCGAAGACGGGCUGAGUUUUAUGGAGCUCAUUACACCUGAUCCGGACGGGUUUGAUGACAACAUAUAUGAUAUAUAUAUGCAAAUUCCCUCUUCUCUUGAUCGUAACUCCACUGAAAUCAGAUGCUUAUCAGCGAGAGAUCAACCAGUCGUUAGCGAGCUAGUCAAGCUGAUCAUAAUGGGUGGUCCAGCUGCACCAGAACCUUUCCUCAACACUAUCAGCACGUCUCUCCUCACUCUGGAGUGGAACAAACCCUUCUCUUGGUCAGAGUACCCUGUUGAGCACUACACUCUCACAUCCAACCAUAGCCUCUACUUCCCGUCGGAAUUAAGGAUCAACAACGCUACAAUGUCCCAAGGCAGUAUGCAGAUAGAGAAGAAAGACGGUUUGGAAGAAUGUGAAGUGAUUGAGUUCACUAUGAAAGCUAACAACGGACUAGCCGACAGUCCAGCUGGAACUACAACUGGAGGGUUCCCAAUUGCUCUUGACGAGAGUGUGGCUUCAAUCAGCGAACAUAUCACAUUUUCUGGCGAUCUGCUGCCGAUCAUAUCACUAGACAUCCAGCUACCGAGAGUUUGCUGGUUUCAAGAGGUCGGAUAUACCGUGGAACUGAAAAGAAUGGAUGACAAUGGAAUGCUUGUUUCCAAGACGGAACUACAAACGGUGAAGUACUGGGAACAGCAAUCUGUUACGAUUCGCUUUGAAGACGAUUUGUCGAGUGGAGCAACAUACACAGCAACUGCUUUUUUCCAAACAAUUGCUGGAACUGAUAUCUCAGAUAUGGAAAUCACUACUACGUUACAUACGACAAUGAGCACAAGCACUCCCGCAACAGGUGCGCUACAACCCUCCACCUCUCCACUCACAAAAGAAAUGCUCAUAAUCAUCGGCAUUGUGGGUGGAGUACUUGUGCUGGUCCUUGUGAUGUUUAUCUUCGUUACUGCGAUGGCAUGCAUCAACAUGAGAAGACGACCACGUAUCUCUUCUACUCGCUCCAACAUUCAGAACAGGCCACUGCCAAUGGUCACCAACCCAAUAUACGAGGGUUCACCAGUCUACGAGACAGUGGACCAACACCUAAAGUGUUUAACCAUGGAACGUCCCCACACACCCACCACACCCACCACACCCACUUCCACUGACCACCUCUUUAUCGAGUCCCCCUACGCCAUCACUACAAUUGACCCAAGCUACACUACUCAGAUCUCUCAACCAUUCCCAGAGCCGGAAAACUACACAAUCAUGAUCUCAGCUGGACACAAGUCAGUUAGCAGAUCAGAAUCAGAUGACGUGAGAUAUGUUCAAGAGCCAGGUUCAAUCAACAUUGCUAAUACUGAAUGGUAGCUAGCUAUCGACGGAAUUUUUGAAUCAUUGGUAUCUCUGAAUCAUGGGAAUUAUAUAGACUGUUCCAUUCUUGUGAAAGUUUUUUUCUGUUUCCCAAGUUAUACUGUACUUUAAAACACUAUACGGAUCUUAUUUGGUUGGCAUAAUUGUAAAACAGUCGCUCUUCACUCGUUCUUUUAUCCACAACUUUUCUCUACACAUUCUUUUAUUACCUUUCCAUUGUUUGUAGUAAAGAUAACUUUUUGUGUGCUUUUUGAAGACAAUCCAUAAAAAAAUAUAA